AUGUUCAUCAACGAGCCUGGCGUUGCAACCCAUCCGAGUCCUGGGCCGGUGAGCUACUCCAACCUCUUCCUCUCCUCCUCCCUGGACUGGACGGUCCGACUGUGCUCCGUUCGCGAGCAGACACCACUGAACGUUUUUGACGACUACUCAGAAUGUGUUUACGACGUCUGCUGGAGUCCCAUCCACCCAGCCCUUUUCGCCGCUGUGGAUGGAACGGGCCGUGUGGAUGUGUGGAACUUGAAUAAUGACGUGGAGUGUCGCCGAAAGCUUAGCGAAUCCUGGCGCCGACGAGUGGACUACUUUGGCUCAGGUGCUAGCCAACUUGAAGUCCACGAACCAGGUGAUUUGAAGCUCCAUCUCUUUCCCCUCACUCCUAUUCCUCCUCAAAUCUCUCUCCGCUGUCACUACUUGGCUUGCACGCGCCACAGAAGUAUCUCCCGCAGCCAUUUCUCCUUGCAGGCUCUUAAGUCAUUUUUCGCCUUUAAGGCCAUUUACUUGUCUUUUUCUUCCACGAUUUUAAACGUGGUUUCUUGUGCCAUGAUAGGCAUGAUGGUGAACAUCCUAUGA